GACAUAGUCUUGUGCAAGAUAUAUAGGAAGGCAACUUCCUUGAAAGUUCUAGAGCAAAGGGCAGCAAUGGAAGAAGAAAUGAAGACAGUUCAAGCAUCUCCAUCAUCAUCCCCACCAUCAUCAUCUCUGGACACCAUGUCGUUUUGCAGUCAACUAGAAGAUCCAGUGCCAACAAUAUUGCCUUCGCAACGUUUGGUUUUCAAGAAAGAAAUAGAAGACAACAACCGCAUUAGAUAUGAAAAAGCAGAGGAGAUUAAAGGGCCAAGUCUCCAAUUACCAAUGGGGAAGGACAAGUUACCAGAGCUCCAAGUUCCCAGCAAAUUUAGCAUGGAGUGGAAUCAAGAUCCCAUUUGGUCCCUAAACAGCCCUUGGCUUCAAAAUCUGACCCCUUAUGCAGAUAUUUUGAAUUUCUAA